AUGUCUCGCAAGCGUCGACGUUCUCAGGCUGUUGCUGCUGAGGAGGAGUGCUACGAAGAGCGGACAUCGGAUGCUGAUACUGCCGGAGAAGAACACGACUCCGAAGAACGGAAGAAGGAACUUGAGAUUUGGGAUGCAUUCAAGGAGGAACAUCAUGAAAUACUCGAGCAACUUCCUUUGUCUCUUCACCGCCAGUAUACGCUCAUACGUGAACUAGAUGACCAAAGCAACGCCUACCAUGCAGACUUGUUGGAUAAUAUACGGAAAUAUAUCGCGCUGCGUAUACAACUUACAUCGCGGAGCAUGAUCGUCGAUGUAAAGCAGAGCAAUAUGACCAUACCAGUUGCGUCAGAUCCAGAGGCCAUGCAGGCGGAUUCACCUCAGGCGGCAGGCGCGCCACCUCGAGACGAACAAGUCAGCAUGGACUCGCCCACUGAGGCACUAAAUGACACACAUAAUGCAAGAUCUGCUGCUUCUAUCGCACCAAGUCUGGAGUCAUCGUCUAUCGAGCUACCCUCUUCACGAAAAACAACUCGGAUAUUGCUGCAACAGAUUGCGCAGGUGUCAGAAGAGGCUCUCCGUGCCUCAGAGGAGAAGGUGAAUAUUGCACAAACUGCUUACGAAACGGUUGACCGACAUAUCCGUCUUUUGGACCAAGCUAUCAAGGAGCAAGAGGCAUCUAUUUCUCUUGGAAUUCGUCCAGGGACACAUCUCGCUCCGAUACUUCUGCCUGACCUUGUCGUACCGCGCUGGGUACGCCCGACCCGUAUAGAACGUAGCCCUACGCCCUCACUUUCCCCGGAGCUUCCCGCCAUCCUUCUUCCUCAAGAAUCUAUAGAAGAACUAUCUAUAGAGUCUGCAAGACCCGGUAGGGGCAGAAAGGCGCGCAAGAAAUCGGAGCCCGAAUCUGAGACUCCGCCACCACUUCCUGAGGAAGUUUUGAAAAUACCAGCCAUUCGCACGACAAGGAGUGUGAAGCUCAAGAUUCCAGCUCAAGCUCAAGCAGAUCCGAACGAACCGAGGUAUUGUUAUUGUAACCAGGUGUCAUACGAGACGGUCCGUAGCGUCGUGAUUGACUUUACUUGGAUGGAGUUCACACAACUUGUAUCCCAGAUGAUCGCUUGUGACGGUGAUACUUGCAAGUUGGAAUGGUUCCACCUGCCGUGUACCGGCCUUAGUGCAAUCCCCAGUUCAACGAAGAAAUGGUAUUGCCAGAAUUGCCUACUAAAGAUGACACAGAAAGGGAAGAAACGAUGA